AAAUGGCGUCAUGUGAGAAAAAGCAAAAGCAAACUUACUUUGGAUAAUUCUCUUUUGCCACUUAAAGGGAAAGAAGUCUUUGGAACCACAUCGUUGCUAAGAACAUAGCGAUCCUAGAGAAGCAUGGAGAAACCAAGCACAAGAUCCUCCCAGAGGAAACGCACAAGAUCAAGUCGUCUCACUUCCCUAGAAGAUUUACCAAGUGGAAAAAACAAUGAGCCUAAAUCAUCAAAUGAAAAAGUUGAACCAAAUAAGAAAAAUAGAAAAGUUAACGAUGAUCCAGGAAAUGACUUGAAAGCAAAUAAUGAUAAAAAGCCUAGUGCAUCUAGUAAGAAUACGGAAAAAGGUUUCCAGGGUAGACAUUUAGAGAAGAAAAAUAAGGAUACUCUGAAGGAAAUUGAUACAGAUGAUAGAGGGAGCACAAAGCCUAAUAAUCUUACGAGGAAAAAUGUAUCACCUAAGAAAAGUGACAUGGUUGGUGAUGACGCAGUUGAUUCGAAAACAGUAGAGAAUAACAGUAAUGAUGCUAAAAUGAGUGCAGAAGUCACUGAGGAGGGUAAUGACUGGGUAGUCAGAAUUGGUCAGAAUAAAGAAUUAAUAUACACCUCUAAAACACCUGAUAAAAAGAAUGUUAAUGUGUCUCCUAAAAAGAAUGGUGAAUUAAGUGAUGAAGUGAAUCGAUCAAAAUCAAUGAUUGGUGCACCAAAUCAGAAUAGUGAAGUUUCUGAAGAUGGGGCAAAGGGUGUUACAAGGUCUGGGAGGAAAAUUAAGCCCAAGAAGAUUUAUUCCGAUGUUUUAGCCUUUGUAAAGAAUAAACGAGAGACUGCAUCCAAGCCCAAAACUCAACACUCUUCUGGCUCAAGCAAUUUUAAAUCUAUAAGGAAUCUUCUCAACAAUAUUCCCGAGCAAAAACAAGAUGAUAACAACCCUACCGAACAUACUAUUGAUGAUCAGCAGCAGGUGAAUGUUGAAGGUUACAUCGAGCCUAACAAACUACCAGAAUCCAUCACAAUCGAGACUCUGGAGGUUCCGAUUGCCACAGGAAAUGACGCGGGGGAUAAUCAGGUCGGCAUACAGGAGAGUCAGACCGUCAUAAAUAUUAAUCUGGGUAGUGCCCAGUUACAGGAUGUUGGGGUUGUUGCUCAAGAGCUUACUGCGACUAUUGAUAAGUCUAAUGAAGCAGAGGCUGGACUAUUUAAUGUUGUAGAAAGUGAACAUAAUACAACAGAAGGGCAGACUAUUGCUUAUCAGUAUGUAGAAGACAGCAAUGCUAUCCCAAGUGAAAAUCAGGAAAAUUCUACAGCAAUGGAAUCUGGUGCUAUAGAGGGUGAAACUGUAAUUUUACAAGGCCAACCUGUCACAUUAGAAAGUCAAGGAGUCUCAUUAGGAAGUCAAGAUGAUACCACAUUAGAAAGCCAAGCUGCCACAUUUGAAAGUCAAACAGAUGCUAGCCCAACUGUUAAAAUUACAAGUAUUGAACCAGAAAUCGAUGGGUAUAUUCUUCAACAACAUAGUGCCCAGAAUACAAAGUUGAUAGAAAUUAGAUGUGGCUACAAUGGCUGUGACUACGUUUACACCUCAAGUGAAGAUAUGAAUCAGCAUUUACAAGAGAUGCAUAAGCCUGGGCAAGCUGAGGAGGCUUCGAAAAAUGUACAGUCUACUCUACAGGCAGUUUCUGAUGAACGGCAUCCAGUGAAAAAGACAACGGAAUUAGAUGACCAGAAAACUGAAGUGGAAUACACCUACAAUGAUGAAAUGUACCAUCAAUUUCUGGAAGAUGAGAGAGUAUACAUGUGUACUAUAUGCUCAUAUAAGGAGAGGAACUGGAAAAAACUUUUGGCGCACCUGAAAAGUCAUCAAUCUUUUAAGCCGUAUGUUUGCACCAAUGGACAUGCGGAGCCUUAUAAAACUUCCUCUAAGUACAACAUGAUGUGUCACCUAAAGAUUCACAGUGGUGUGAGGAACCAUGUUUGCACGAUUUGCAAUAAGGCAUUCUCUUUCAAACACAAGUUGACAGUUCAUAUGCAGUACCAUAAUAAUGUAAAGAACCAUGAAUGUAAUCAAUGUGGCAAGACAUUUACCCAGUCGUCGGAUCUCAAGAAGCAUGUGAGCGGUGUACAUACCAAUGUGAGGUCAUAUGAGUGUUCGAUUUGUGGCGAGGCAUGGAAGAACAAACAGACUUUAACCAGACAUGAGAAAACACAUGGGGCACGGAAGAGUUUGAAAUGUGAUGUUUGUGGUAAAGGAUACACUUCUAAACAGACUCUCUCACUUCACAAAAGAUCCCAUUUUAUGCUGUACCAUUGCGAGAUAUGCGACAAAAGUUUCUCAAGUUAUUCAGGGUUCAUGGCUCAUAAAGCAAUGCAUGAUCAUGAUGGUUUUGAGUGUGAACUUUGCAAUAAAAUACUGAUGACUAAGGGCAGUCUGAAGAGACACCACAUAGUGACACACUCAAACAUGCGACCAUUCCUUUGUCCAUUGUGUCAAAAAGCACUUAAGUCGAAGGAAAGCUUAGCUCAACAUAUGAUUACCCACAAUUCCGACAAAACUUUUGAGUGUCCUGAAUGUGGUUUAUGUGUCAAACGACUGGACACACUACAAGUUCACAUGCGGAUCCAUCAACAGAAGAAACCGUACAACUGUGAUAUAUGCCACAAGGGAUAUACCCAGAAAAAUGCGUUAAUUCGGCAUAUGGAAACCCACUCUACAUCUGUGAUGACUGGUACACUUUUCAAUUGCAGCACUUGCGAUGAAUCAUUAACCAGUCGCCAAGCUCUUCAGAACCAUAUUGUAGAAGAACAUCUGAGUGAAGAUCUCCGUGAUAAUAAAAAAGCUGAAAAUGAAAACGAGGCUGCCAUCGCAACAGCUGAGCCCUCUAUCGGAGAGCUUAUGUGGGUGUGUGAAUUAUGCGAGGAAUUAUUCGUAUCUCAGGACACCCUUGCGGUUCAUAUAUUAUCGAUGCAUAUGAAGCAUGGCCUUGUUCUACAGGGAGAAAAUGCUGGAAAUCAAACGAAUGUCAGCCUCGAAACUGGGGAUCUAGAAACUUCUGAAACUCAGCCAAGUGUCAGCCUUGAUACUGGGAAUCUAGAAACUUCUGAAAAUCAGGAAAAUGCCAGCCUUGAGUCUGGGGAUCUAGAAACUAUAGAUAACAAUGAAUACCUUGUAGAAAACGCAGAGGAGAGAAUGGAAACUAUUGAGAAAAGAAUCAAUGAGGGUGUUGAUAAUAAAACACAUGAUACAAUUGUUGUUCAUGUGAAUGAUACAACAAUACAAAAGGGUGAGAUCAUUACGACUCCCCUUACACAUGCAGUGGACAGCAUCAUGACUGACCAAGUUGAAGAGGGUGAAAUACUAGCUGCCAUGCAGUAA